CAACUACCCACCUCGGUACACCUUCGUCCAAUCAGACGUCAUUCGGUCCGAAUCAGCUUGCGUUGCUCCUCUACCCGACGAUGUACGUAGCAUUAUGCAAGCUGCUUAGCUUCAAAUACGGUCGUUCCCCCCGUCGAAGAAGCAAAGCUAGCGUCUACAUUCCGUCUUUUUUCCAAUUGGAUCCGAGAGCCUCUUCGCUCAGGACUGCCCAUCAUGCCUCUGGAUAGAUACGAGUAUCUGAGCGACGUGUGGCGGGAUGGCAUCUUUGACAACAAAGUCGUCUUCUGUACAGGAGGCGCAGGCACGAUAUGCUCCGCACAAGUACGCGCAAUGGUUCACCUAGGCGCAAACGCGUGUAUCCUCGGGCGCAAUGCGAAGAAGACAGAGGACAUGGCGAGGGACAUUGAGACGGCUCGCAAGGGCUCCAAGGUUUUGGGCAUUGGCAACCUCGACGUCCGCAAGUUUGAGGACCUGGAAGCUGCGGCUGCCAGGUGUGUAAAGGAGCUGGGAAGCAUCGACUUCGUAAUUGCCGGCGCUGCCGGUAACUUCCUUGCCUCGAUCGACGCGCUGAGCGCGAAUGCGUUCAAGACGGUGAUUGACAUUGACUUGCUCGGAAGCUUCAACACGGCAAAGGCAACGCUGCCAUACUUGAUAGAGUCCGCGAAGAAGCACAAGGUUGACGGAAAGACGAGGCCCUCGUCCGGCACGGGCGGCAGAAUCAUCUUCGUCUCAGCGACGAUGCACUACACCGGCACACCGCUUCAAGCAGCGCCUUCCGCAGCGAAAGCGGGCGUUGACCAGCUCGCGUACUCGAUCUGCAUAGAGCACGGUCCUUUUGGCGUAACUUCAAACGUGAUUUCUCCCGGUCCCAUUGCAAACACAGAGGGCAUGCUCCGGCUGUCCACGAAGGAGGGCCAAUCUUCGGGCAGAUAUAGUCACAUCCCCAGCGGUCGCUUGGGUUAUGUCAAAGAAAUCGCGGAUGCCACGGUGUACCUGUUCUCAGAUACGGGCAACUACGUCAACGGAGAGAUUCUAGUUGUCGAUGGAGGCUCGUGGCACAACCACUUGCAGCCGGGCGUGGGCAGUUUCAAGUACCCGGACUUCCUCCUCAGCGGACAGGCAGUCACCGGUGUCAAGGGCAUGAAGAAGCCGAAGCUUUGACGUACAUAAAAGCACCUUUGGUAGAUAGCAUUCGUUGGCGGGCGCGGCGUUUUUUGAGGCGAGCCAAGUGAAAACACCUAAUCAAGUUCAAUAUGCGCAUUUUGAAUUCAAUUGACCGUGAACCAAGCUCUGUCAGCG